AUGUCACAGCACUCCCUCCUCGAUCCGUCCAUCUUUUCCAGCCUCGAGUCCAAGCUCGAAGAGGAGACGCGCAUCCGUGACGCCCUCACACAGAUCCUCCAGCGCCUCGAGCGUUCCGUCGGCGCCGCUCAAGGCCUGCUCACAAAGGUGCACUCGACGCCGCGCGCCAGCUAUCCUCAAUUGGUGACGCAGCUCGAGGCCGCCGUCAAAGAUGAAGCCGUCAUCGUAGCCGAGCUCAACGAGCUCGCCUCCAAGCACCCCUACUACAAGUACAACUCGCGCUGGGCGCGCAUCAUGCAAAACGCCAUCGGUACCGUCCUCUACACCGCCUGGCUCGGGGGCUUCGCCGCCCUCACCAACGGCUCCUCCGACCUUGGCCAGCUGCUCACGCUCGAGCAGGUUGGCACCGUCUUUGCCGUGCCCACUAACCUCAAGGACCGCGACGCCUUUCACCUCACCAUCGAAGAAUACCUGCUUGCCCUGACGGACCUGACGCAGGAGCUCGGCCGUCUCGCCACCAACGCCGUCACCCUCGGCGACUUUGCGCUGCCGCUGACCGUUAGCGCCUUUCUAAAGGACCUGUUUGCCGGCUUCCAACUGCUCAAUCUCAAGAAUGACAUUCUCCGCAAGAGGGCCGAUGCCGUCAAGUACGACGUCAAGAGGGUCGAGGAUGUCGUCUACGACUUGAGCCUGCGCGGCCUGGUGCCGAGACCAGGUGCGGCGGAUGCCGAGAUGAAGUCGGAAUAA